AUGCAGCACAACCCUUGGUUGCGCCAUCCCAAAGAGCAGAAUGACAACAGGCCGAACAAUCAGCCGCGGACGAACCGGCUGGCUGGUCGCAGAUGGCUCAGAUCUCCUGCUUGUCAUUCUCAAGACAUCACUUCGAGCGAUUUCAAGUUCAGGAUCGCGUCUUACAAUGUGCUGGCCCAGUGCUAUGCUAAGAACAAACACUUCACUCGAAGCAAGGCUGAGCAUUUGCGAUGGGACGUGCGGAGGAGGGCUCUAGUGGAGGUGAUCCACGAGCUGGAUGCCGACAUCGUCUGCUUGCAGGAGGUUGACAAUUAUGAGAAGUUCUGGCUGAAAGAGAUGAGGAAGUUGGGUUACACUGGCUGCUACAAACAACGCAACAGUCCAGCGAAGUUUGAUGGAUGUGCGACUUUCUUCAGAUCUACGGCCUUUGAGUGCAUGUCAGUCAGCUCGAUUGAGUUUGAUAGCGAGCCGGAUGCCGGGGGGGGACAGCAGGUGGAAGGACACCCAGACUUUGCAACGCACAAUGUUGCACUGCUCACUAUGCUACGGCCACGUAGGUCUAGUAAUGUAAAUAAGUGUUGUAUGUGUCUUGCAAACGCGCACCUGUUCUGGGACCCAACGUAUGAAGAGUUGAAGAUAGCGCAGGCACGGGCCCUUGUAAAAGCUGCCGAGGAGCUAUCUACAUCUUCGGAGAGCAAAUCUUCGAUUGGCUGGAUCCCCAUCAUCCUUGCUGGGGACUUCAAUUCUACUCCUGAAUCGGAAGUGUACAGGUACCUCACCCGGGAAGCCGGCUUCUCGUCGUCAUAUGUUGCCUGUGGUCUGGAAUGGAAGCAGAUGGAGACUAUUUCGCUUUCAAACACGCAAUUCAGCCAGUCACAAUUUGAAUUCAAGACGCCAGAGAAGAAAAAUCCGAAAGGAGAAGUCCAAUUACAAUCGGCAGAGUCCUCGUCCCCUGAGCUUGCGGCCAAGAGCGGUGAGUGCAACGCUGGUAUUGCCAACGGAGGCCUUCUCUUCGCCAAACCUUUGGAUCCUAACUCGCCAGUGUUCAAACCAAGCUCUCCUAGCAUGUACAAAGCGGACUCACGGCAAAGGAGCAACGGAGACUCUGCGGGGGGAAAGGAGGCAAGGCCAGCAGGAACAGCCCCUGGGAUCGAGCCUGCUUUCACCAAUUACAGAGACAUGUUUCACGGAACGAUCGAUUACAUCUUGUUCCGCGCUAUUCCCACCCCCAAGAGACCGCCGUCUCACUCAGGCAACAUCCAGGCUGUGAGCUGUUUGUCCAUGAUCAGCGAGUUAGAGGCACAGAACCAGGGUGGGGGGCUUCCGAACCUCAAGCAUCCGUCGGAUCACCUACCGAUCGCUGUAGAGUUGAUGAUACAAUUCCCUUAGCUAGUCGAGUAACGCAGCGUUUACUAGAGCUC